CAACUUGGGCGGGAAGAAUUAGAGGCUCCCUGGGAAGGGGGACUGGUUCAGGCAUCCGCCUGGGAGCCAAUCAGAGACCUGAUCGCGUAGCUAGUGCAGCCAUCGCAGCCAAAGCGUAGCACGCCGCUGUCACCGCCGCUUCUUUUUCUGCCCCGCGGAGAAGAUGACCGUCGGGAGGCCUCCGGGAGCCUCCGGCGGCGCUCAGUGGAGUGGGCAGAUAUUUCCCCCCAAAUCCUCCCCAGACACAGAGACGGAAGAAGAGCUGUCUGGGGAUGGGCUGGUUUUGCCCAGGGCUGGCACACUUGAUGACUUCCUCAGCCCGGAGGAGGAGAUGGUUUCUGAUUCUUCGGACUCCACUGGGAGCUUUUAUGAGACCCUGCAGGUACUAAAGUCAAAAGGCAGGUGGUGCCUGUUGGAAUCCCUUUAUCAGAACAACCCAGACAGUGGUGAGAACUUCUCUGAAGACGAUGAGGACCUGGAGAGUUUCUUCCAAGACAAAGGCAGGGGGAAGCCCGAGGCCCAGUACCCGGCAUCUCUGAGGUGCAGCUCCCCACGGUGCUGCAGCUCCCUGAGCAGCCUUCCCUCCGACACUCCCAAGGUUCAGCCCCAGCCACCUUCAGGCUCCAGGCCUCCCUCGCAGCACAGAAGCAUCAGCUCCUGGGCAUCAACCAUCACGGUCCCGCGGCCGUUCCGCAUGACACUGCGUGAGGCCCGGAAGAAGGCGCAGUGGCUGGCCUCACCUGCUUCCUUUGAGCAGGAGAGGACGCAGGCCCAGAGGCAGGCCCAGGAGGAGGCCGAGUGCCAGCGGCAGUUCCGGGCACAGCCUGUGCCAGCACAUGUCUACCUGCCCCUCUACCAGGAGAUCGUGGAGCGCAAUGAGGCCCGCAGGCAGGCAGGGAUCCAGAAGAGGAAGGAACGGCUCCUCUCUUCCCUGAAGCCCUUCAGCUUCCUCAUGAAGGAGGAGCAGAGAAAAGAAGCUGCUAAACAGAGGGAGUUGGCUGCCACAGCUAAGGCCAACGUCCCCGAGCAGAAUGCCACCAGAAGGAUCCCCAAGUCCAUUCUGGAGCCAGCCCUCGGGGACAAACUCCAAGAAGCGGAGCUCUUCAGGAAAAUUCGCAUCCAGAUGCGAGCCCUAGACAUGCUCCAGAUGGCCUCCUCCCCUGUCAUCUCCUCCGGCUGCCGGGCUGACCCCCAGCCUCGAACAGCUACCCGAACCCAGAAGGAAAAGCUUGGGUUUCUGCAGACUGACUUUGGAUUCCAGCCUCGUGUGAAUCCUGCCGUCCCUGACUACGAGGGCCUUUACAAGGCCUUCCAGAGAAGAGCUGCCAAGAGAAGGGACACCAGAGAGGUGACUCACAACAAGCCCUUCUUGCUGAGAACCGGCAGCCUGCGUCGCGCUCAGCGGCCCUGUGACACCACCACCUCUGGAGAGAGGAGGGACUCUCCACAGUCACCAGCCACACCCCUGCCAAGGAGUCGUUCUCUGAGUGGCCUUGCUUCUCUCUCUGCCAACACCCUCCCUGUGCACAUCACAGAUGCCACCAGGAGGAGGGAGUCUGCAGUCAGAAGUUCACUUGAAAAAAAGGACAAAACAGAUGAGAGUACUCAGUGGCUGGAGAUGCACAAAAAGAAGUGUCAAGCGAUGUCUAAAUCUGUGACCUUGCGUGCAAAAGCCAUGGAUCCUCAUAAAAGCCUGGAGGAAGUGUUCAAAGCAAAGCUGAAAGAGAAUCGGAACAAUGACCGUAAAAGAGCAAAAGAGUAUAAGAAAGAAUUGGAAGAAAUGAAGAAGAGAAUACAAACAAGGCCCUAUCUCUUUGAACAAGUUACCAAGGACCUUGCUAGGAAAGAAGCAGAACAACGGUAUCGAGACACCCUGAAGCAGGCUGGGCUGGAUGAAGACUUUGUGAGGAACAAGGGUGAGGGCACCAGGGCUGUACAAUGGAAGGAGCAAUCAGAAGUCCCUGAAUGUCCCAGCACCCAUGAAACUACAAAACUCGGCACCAGAAAUCCACAGCAGGAUUUAGAAGAAUCUCUACAACAGCCUACAAGCCCCAAAAAAGAACUGGAGGAGCUGUCUCAUGAAUUGCUAGAUAAUUUCAAAUCACUUGCUUAAUCAGUAGCACUUAAAAUUACUGCUUUUCAAUAUUAAGUAACUAACUUGGGGUUGAGUCAAGGCUGGCAAAACUUGGCUUUUGAGCCAAUGGCUACUCUUGGAGAAUGAGGAUAAGAAAAGUAGCAAGAAAAAAAGUAGGUAACAAACAGGGAAUGGUUUAAGCAAAUCAAAGUGAAAAGCCUCAGGGUGGAGGAUUCAGAGCAGAGUUAAGCAUUCUUGCUUCUUGGGCUUCCUACUUAAAAAAGGAGCACACACCCAAAUGCCUACAGGGGCCAGUUAGGAAACAAAUGGAUCACAUGGGCUGGGUAUAAGGUACACUAUUAAUAGCUAGAACCCAGGCCCAGAAUUGCCAGAUCAGCAACUGAGUUUUCAAACAGAAGCCAGGAAUUUCCUGUUGGCAACCAAUUAAAACAUUACUGAGAAAUAUUGUGUGGGAAAACAAAACACUUGCAGGAAGACAGGUCUGCAACUUCUAGUACAUGGUUUCUUAGCCUCAGUACUAUUGAUUUAGGGCCAGAUGAGUGUGUCGGUGUUGGGUGUUGGGAGAAGGAGCUGUCCUGUACAUUGUAGGACGUUAGCAGCAUCCCUGGCUUCUACUCCCUGGAUGCCAGUAAUGCCCUCUCCACAGUUAUGACAAAAAUGCCAUAUGUGGGGCAGUGGGCAGGCAAAAAUGUUCCUAGUUAAGAACCACUGCUCUAGUAUAAAAGUAAGGGCUACAGAAAAUAAAAAUUGGCAUUUUAAGAAUACAAGAUAUUGACAUGAACUCAAUCUACAUAACAAAGGGUGAUUAUGCAUGUCAUUAACAACUUAAGAACUAUAACUACUGAAUUUAAAACGGCAGUUAAUUUUUCCUGUUAUCUGCUUAAAAUAUGCCACUGUGUGCAUGGUGUGUGUGUAAGCCUGAGGUUCAUUUUCAAUAAAUGUGAAAAUUCUCUGACA